GGGGCGGAAAAGGAAGUGGGUUGAGCGCGGCGUGUUGAGUUGAGAUCUUGGCGGAGCCGCUCGUUACUUCCUGUGCGAGCGAGGCGAAAUUUUCCUGAAGCAGAAAUACGCCACGAUCUCUUCCUCUGUUCCGAUUCCGUCUAAAACGAAAGUUCGAUCGGUCUGCUCUGUUGAAUGCGCUCGGCUUCUCCUCCUCAGGUUAGGGAUUCAAGAGAACUCUGUCGUAGAUGAGAUGGAGCCUUCUUUUCUUUUUCUCUUUUGUGAACUUCUGAUUUCAGCAAAGGAUUAGUCUGAUACCGCGGGCGAUCGAUUAGUUCUGCUUCCGCAGGAAGACAAUUGGGUGUAAUUCUACUGCUGUCGUCAUGAAUCCUUCACGAGAAACCGCAAAAGAUAGCAAUUUGGAGUGAGUGAGGAAAAAGGUUUUUCUUUUGGUGGUCAGGGAGAAUGGAGCUCCAAGGGAAGAAGGUAACGCAUGAUUUCCUUUCGCUUUGCUCCCCGGAUUCGUCUUUCCAGCUUCAAGAUCCAAGGGCUUCAUCUCAAGACGCGGGACUUCUUGCAGCCGUUGGAGCGGGAGGGGAAAGGCGGCGAGGCGGCGGACGGCGGAAGCGUCCCUGCUGAGAGAAACGCGUCCAGCAUCAGCCACAUCGGGGCGGGGCAGGGCGCGGAGAAGCCGGAGGGAAGCGCACUGCGGGUGCUCCCUAUCGGGUUGCAGACGAAACCCGAACCCGAUUACGGCAGCCGGAGCACCACCACCAGCUACGGCUCCUACGCCGGCGGUGUCUCGUACACGCUCUGGGACGACAACGACACCGCAUCCAGAGGGCAGUGGCCUCCUCCUUCCUUGGCGGCCCUCGUCGCCACCAAGCACACUUGGGCGCCGGAGAAGAAGCGAUUCAUGGAGGCAGCCGCGUCGAGAUCCAGCCGUGGUUACCAAGUGGAUGACGAGGAGGAGGCGUUUGGAAAGAGACAAGGCUCCUCCUCCUCCCAUAAAGACUCGAGCAUCAAAGCAGAAGGAAGGGCGUUUAGCUCCGAAGAGAGGCCAAACACUCCACGGUCCAAGCAUUCUGCCACCGAGCACAGAAGGCGAACCAAAAUUAAUGACAGAUUUCAGAUACUAAGGGAGCUCAUACCUCACAGUGAUCAAAAGAGAGAUAAAGCAUCAUUCCUUCUGGAGGUUAUUGAAUACAUCCGCUUCCUGCAAGAGAAGGCACAGAAUUACGAGUCAUCUUACCCGGGAUGGAAUCAGGAUGAGAUCAAGUUAAUGCCUUGGAAGAAGAACCCAGCCUCAAAAAAUGCUUCUCAAAUCAUAAGAAAUGAUUCUGCUGCUCCUGCACAAAUAUUGUCUGAAAAGCUCGAGAAUAUGCCAUCGACAAUGGUUGGCUCACCAGCAACAGAUGUGCCUGCUGGUAAUUCUUGCAAGACAACAGAAGCUGCCACCAGGUUUGCAAGUAACAUGGCAAUCCAUGAUCAAUCUCCAUGGUCAGUAAGAUCAUGCAGGGAUAUGUUGAAUGAACCAGAGGAGCUGGCCCUCGAUGAGGGAACCAUUAGUGUGUCCGCUGCCUACUCCCAUGGGUUGCUGAAUACACUGACCCAGGCAUUGCAAAGCUCUGGUGUAGAUCUGUCUAGAGCCAGCAUAUCUGUGCAGAUCAAUCUUGGCAAGCGUGCAAAGAGAACUGCAGCCACAGCCACUAUUAAGGAACAGAAAGAUCCUGCAUCUAUUUUUCAAUCAUCUAAAAGACGCAAAGCUGAGAACAGCUAAUACCAGUUUCUCGGUCAUGACUUUUUAUUUUGUCCUGAGGUUGAGCUCUUCAGAUUAUUGUAUAUUGUGUAUUCAGGAAUUUCAUUGAGGCUGAUGAGAACUGUUGUGCAGUAUCUCAUUUGUGUCAUGUCUCUUUCAUGGAGGCUUCCAUUACAAAUUGUGAAGCUGCUCUAUUUUUCAGGCUUCCACUCACAUGCGGAGUCUCUUUUCAUUCUUCUGCUAAAUGAUUCUUGCUGUAACAUACAAUGAGUUGUAACUCAGUGUCCCUUUGGGUUAGGAAAUAUUCUUAUGGACAGACCUUUACCUUUGGCA